AUCGAAUUAUUAAAAAGAAAUCAAAAUGAAUUUCAAUAAAUUGUUCGUUUUUGUUGCCUUGGUUUUAGCCGUUUUCAUCGGACAAAGUGAGGCUGGUUGGCUGAAGAAAGUUGGCAAGAAAAUUGAACGUGUUGGUCAACAUACCCGUGAUGCUACAAUUCAAACUAUUGGUGUGGCCCAACAGGCAGCCAAUGUUGCCGCAACAUUAAAAGGCUAAUAAGUUUAACAUUUAUUUUUAUAAUAUGAAUUAGAACUAAA